CGGACUUCCUGCUCUAUCGGCGCCCUGGCAGUCUAGGCUCCGCCCCCGCCAGGAGCUGGGCCAGAAGAUGGCGGCGGCCGCAGAGCUGAAGCUGCUGGAGAAGUCUCUGGGACUGAGACCGGGGAAUAAGUACAGCGCUCAGGGCGAGCGACAGAUUCCAGUUCUACAAACAAACAAUGGUCCAAGUCUAAUAGGAUUGGCUACCAUUGCGACCCAUCUAGUCAAACAAGCCAAUAAAGAACACUUGCUGGGGAGCACUGCAGAAGAAAAGGCCAUCGUUCAGCAGUGGUUAGAGUACAGGGUCACCCAAGUGGAUGGACACUCCCGCAAAGAAGACACCCAUACCCUGUUGAAGGAUCUCAAUUCCUAUCUUGAAGAUAAAGUCUACCUUGCAGGAUAUAACUUCACCUUGGCAGAUAUCCUACUGUACUACGGGCUCCAUCCCUUUAUAGUUGACCUGACAGUUCAAGAAAAGGAGAAAUAUCUUAAUGUGUCUCGCUGGUUUUGUCACAUUCAGCAUUACCCAGACAUCAGGCAACAUCUGUCUAGUGUUGUCUUCAUCAAGAACAGACUGUAUGCUAACUCCCACUAGAAGUUCCUGCUGUGCAGCAGCAAGAUUAGAAGUGUAAAAUGUAUUUUGGACCAUGGUUCUAAUGUAAAUUAAUAUGAUGUCAUUGUUUCUUUGUUACUGUUGGUAGCAUUUUUAACAUGUAAACUCAAGUCUGAAUGUUUUAUUUGUCCCUUAGUUGAAGCUUUGCAAGUUUUUAAUGUAGAAAUGCAACUGUUAUUCAAACAAAUCACGAUUGGAUUACAAAUUAUCUCGCAUUUAUAGGUGAAAUUUGUUUUAGUAAAAGUUACAAAUCAGUGGCAAAAUCUUUUAAAAAAAGUUACCCUGUCAGUGUUUCAUAUCUGGCUUUUUUUGUGAUUUUAAAAUUCAUUUUCCUCCUAGAUGUUCAUAGUAGUUUAUUAAAAUCCAUGAUAAAUUAUGCUAAGGAUUCAGAAAGGGAAGGUGGAUAUUUGUUCUCAAAAUAUUUAUGUGAGCUAGUAAAUGUGAUUUUAAAAAUCAA